AUGUCGACGACGACAAGCUUACAUCCCGCCGACUUGUGCUAUCCUGUUACAGCUCGCUUCGGUGGUGGCCAUGACCCGCGAUACGAUAGCCGCGACUAUUUGCAUCUUCGAUCAGGCUACCAAGUACGAGUCUUCUCGGUACUGAUCCGAUUGUCACUUCGAAGUCAUAAAUUCAACAUGUUCUCUCGUUCAUUCUUCCUCGCUUUGGCUGCCACCUCGCUUUCACUUGUGAGAUCCGACUCUGACGCCAUCUGCUAUUCCUUUGGUGUAGACUUUGUCGAUGAGGGAUCUUACUUCAUCAACUCUCAGUCGACCGAGCAAUUCACUGCCGUCUCCUACUUUCAAGGAUGCAACGACGAUAUAGCAGAUGUUCUUUUCGUCGACCCUGACAAUGAUGAGUAUCUAUGUUCUCAAAUACCCACGGUCCCAGAGAACAGCAAUCAACUGUCAACAUGUCCCAUCAAGAAAAACCAAAUGACGUCUGGCCAUUGGCUACUACUCAUACUGGGAAAUAAUGGCGACGAUGGCCAACCAUUUGCUUGGCAGAGAGAUUUGUAUCUCACUGUUGGCACUCAAAUUACCACCACCAUGACACCGACAAUGACAGUUAGCAUCCUUACCACGCCUACUGAAACAAAAACCAUUACGACUACUUCAACAGAUGUCAUUACAACCGGCCCCUUCUCAACUGUCAUUGUCCCAACUGGAACAGCAAAGAAAACCAAGACCAUUACACCCAAUGCAGUCACCACAACAUCCACCAAGACCAUGACGAAGACCAAGCUGUCCCUGACCAUCCAAAACAGCAAGACCACCAAGACUGUCACAGCAACUUGCACAACUCCCGGCCACAACGCAAAGCCCGACAAGCCAUGCGAGUACUCGCCAACGCUCCUCCACCCCGCUGCUCUCGUCACGCCCACCAUCAUCCCCAAGAUGCAUCGAUUCAUGCGAAAGUCUGACCGCCUGGUCGACUACGAAUGGGCACGCGCCCGUGUCGAGGCCGCCAAGCAAAGACGCGCAGAGGGCAACCACCUUCAGCGCCGUGCUCCUGAUGCGCCUACCACGACCACGACUCUCGAUACCCCCGUCACCACUACGACUACCGUUGUUGCUGCAGCGAUUACAACAACCGAGUCUGUGCUGGCUACUGCAACUACUACAUCUACUCUUCCCGCACCCACUGUUCUCUCUGGCAUCUUCACAAACACAGUCACGCUGCCAACACCGACGAAGACAAAGUUGCAGUUUGGCUAUGCUACUACGACCAAUAUUAUCACGCUGGGUGCUACUUUCACCAAGACGACGACAGUGACUCCUUCCGCCACUCUGACUGCAUGUAAGAAGGAAGGUGGACAUUUCUGGAGACUCUAG